AUGAGUAAACAGAGUGAAGUUGAUUCGGAUACAGAUACUCUUCAAGAGUUGGGAUAUACGCAGGAACUCUAUCGUGGGUUCUCACCAUUUAUGUCCUUUGCUUUUUGUUUCACAACAGUCAAUGUUCUAACAUCAAUUUCAAUUGGUUUCACUUAUGCGCUGAUAACAGGCGGAUCAGGUGUUAUCAUUUGGUCGUGGAUUUUCGGGUCAUUCUUUACAAUUCUUAUUGGCCUCUCGUUAGCAGAAAUCUGUGAUGCGGCUUUUUCAUCAGGUUUUGCCUCAAUCAUUAAUGCCGCAUUUGUACUUGAUGGUAAACAACCGUUGAGUAUUCAUAUUCAAGUAGGUAUUAGUGUUGGAAUUACAUUUAUCUGGGCUGUGCAAAACGCACUUCGGAUCGAUCAACAAGGAUGGCUGAAUAAUAUAGCGACAUUUAUACAAAUUUGUUCGACAAUAGGUACAGUGCUUGUUCUUUUUCUCAUGACUCCACAACGAGCAACGAUUUCUGAUGUAUUUACGUCAACUUAUAACGAAACUGGUUUUCCGUUCAUCUAUGUGUGCUUUAUCAGUAUUCUAUCCACACUUUUUUCAUUUUCUGGUUACGAAGCGGGUGCACACUUAGCUGAAGAAACUCGAAGUGCUGGAAAGGCAGCUCCUCAUGGUAUCGUUGGUACAUGUAUUUGCAGUGCAAUCGUUGGUUUUGUCUAUUUACUCGCUCUUCUUUUCGCUAUUCCAAAUGUAACAAACUUCAUGGAAGUAAAUAAUUAUGAUGAAAUGAACUUAUCUAUCGCUGUUUAUCGAUUAGCAGUACCACAUAAAGGUGCUCUAGCACUGACUAUUUUACUUAUUAUAAAUCUUCAUUUCGGAGGAAUGUCAGGAAUGACGGUGACAAGUCGGAUUGGUUUUGCGAUGGCUCGUGAUGGUGUUUUCCCAUUCUCACGCUACCUUCGAUGGAUAUUCAAACCAACGAAAACACCUUUGGGGAAUGUUCUAUUCGUUUUUCUGAUCGAUUCAACUCUUCUUUUACUUCAACUAUUGUCCACAACUGCAUUCGCUGCAAUCAUCGCGAUUGCUACGCUUGGUUACCAAGUUUCAUAUCUAAUUCCUAUUUUCCUCCGAUGUACAUCUGCGCGAAAGAAAUUUCCUCGUGGAGAAUUCAAUCUCGGUCGAUUCGGUGUGCCCAUCGCCAUCAUUUCAUCGAUUUGGUUGGCAGUCACGUCCACUAUCAUGCUUUUUCCGGCAAAUUAUCCGAUAACGAAAGAGAACAUGAAUUACGCGGUUGUGGUCAUCGGUGGUGUUGCCAUUAUCGCUUCAUUGUACUGGAUAUUCUCUGCCCGACACUCGUUUGCUGGACCGAAACGAACGGACACCGAUCCCAGUCCAUUGCCUCCAGGACAUAUAACUGCUGAAGAUGCGGUGAAAGAAUCAAUCUUAACAGCACCACCGUCGCCAGAAACGAGAGAUUCGCGAAUGUAA